GCAGGAAGAGGAGGAGGGUCGGAAAGAAUCAUGGCCGAGGAAGAAGAAGACAACCCGCAAGCUCGGCAAAACUUACAGGAGCUGGUUGACCAGCUGUACCAUUUCCGAGACCAUUACUUUGAGAGCCACAGUGUGGAGGAUGCUGGGAAAAAGCAGCAGGAUGUACGGGAAGAGAUGGAGAAGACACUGCAGGCGAUGGAAGCAAUAGAAGGCCUGCCCCAGGGACGAGCGCACACACUGAUGUUAAAGGGGAAGGCUCUGAACGUGUCUCCAGAUUAUAGUGCCCAAGCCGAAGAGCUGCUCUCCAAAGCGGUCAAGUUGGACCCAGAACUCGUUGAGGCCUGGAAUCAGUUAGGGGAAGUUUACUGGAAAAAGGGUGAUGUUUCCGCUGCUCAUACCUGCUUCUCUGGAGCCCUGAGCCAUUGCAAAAACAAGGUGUCCCUGCAGAAUCUCUCUAUGGUGCUACGGCAGCUGCGCACGAGCUCCACCGACGAGCAUGCCCGCAACGUCAUGGACAGUGUGCGGCAGGCCAAGCUGGCCGUGCAGAUGGACGUGCGUGAUGGCCGUUCUUGGUAUGUCCUGGGCAACGCCUACCUCUCCCUGUUCUUCAACUCAGGACAGAAUCCCAAGAUCUCCCAGCAGGCGCUGAGUGCCUAUUCUCAAGCAGAGAAGGUGGACCCUACUGCAUCGUGUAAUCCUGACCUGCAUCUCAAUCGAGCCACGCUCUAUAAAUACGAAGAAAACUACACGGCGGCUCUGGAGGGUUUUGCCCGGGCCGGAGCCCUCGACCCAGCUUGGCCAGAACCACGUCAACGGGAGCAGCAGCUGGUUGACUUCCUGGAGAGGCUCACUGGCCUCCUUGAAAACAAGGGAAAGGUCAAAGGGAAGAAGCUGCAAAGCAUGCUGAGAAGCCUGCGUCCCUCCCAGCUGGGUCCCUGUGGGGACGGCCGAUACCAGGGCCCCUCGGGUCAGAAGUUGGAGCUGGAACAGCGACCCCUGAGUACCCUGAGGGUGGGGGUUAACACAGGCACUGUGGUCCUGGGGAAAGUUCUGUUCAGCCUGACCACAGAGGAGAAAGUGCCUUUCACUUUUGGCUUGACAGACUCUGCCGAGGGCUCCUGUUUUGCCAUCACUGUUUACAACAUGGCCCAGAGCUGGGGGGUUCUAAUUGGGGACUCGGUGGCUAUUCCCGAGCCUCACCUUCAGCACUAUCACAUCCAGCACCAAGGCAAGAGUUUCACUUUCUCGAGCAUCCGCGUGGAGACCCCACUGCUGCUGGUGGUGAACGGCAAAGCGCAGGGAUCCCAGAGCCAAGCUGCUGCUACUGUGGCUUACCAGGCACAGAGUGAAUGA